UUUGUCUAAAAAUACACAUAAAGAGGAAGUGCCUCACACACAGAGUAUAUAAACCUGUGGACGGCAGCUCCUCACUCACUCUCAUCAUGGAGCAGAUCUACAUCAGACAUGUGGAGCUGCUGGGCUUCGAGAAGCGAGAGUUCCCCACGGUGCACUACGUCUACCUUCUGAUGGUGAAGUGGAGCGACCUCUCGGAGAAGGUGAUCUACAGGACGUAUCCGGAGAUCCACACCUUACACAAAUCCCUGAAGGAAAUGUUUCCCAUCGAGGCUGGUCAGAUCGAGAAGAGGGACCGGAUCAUUCCUUCAUUACCAUCGCCGCGCUGGGUGGACUCUCAGAAGUCGACACAAACCAGACAGAGCACCUUGUCCGACUACUGCCAGUCACUCAUCAACCUGCCGCCUCACAUCUCCCGCUGCACACUGCUCAGCAACUUCUACCAAGUCCGACCAGAGGACGAGAACCCCCCAGCACCCAACACGCAGAAGAGAAACGAGACGUUUGUGGUUUCCAGAGAGUUGGCUCGAGGACAAGCUUCAGAGAUCUCCGGCCCCAUCAUACUCGACACCUACCGGGUGGUCGCCGACUUCCCCAAGACGUCCAAAUACGAGAUCGAGCUGCGAACCGACGACUUGGUGGAGAUCGUGGACAAGAACCAGAACGGCUGGUGGUUCUGUCAGUGUGACACUAAGCGGGGCUGGGCUCCUGCCUCGUACCUGGAGCCUCUGGACCAGCCAGACGAGGCCGAGGACGCGGAGCCAGACUACGAAGGCGAGCUGUUCAUCGCCACCCAGGCCUACAAGGCCGAGCAGGAGGACGAGAUCUCUCUGGAGCUCGGUGAAACCAUCGCGGUCAUUCACAAGCUGCUGGACGGCUGGUGGGUCGUCAGAAAAGAGGACGAGACGGGACACUUCCCCUCCAUGUAUCUGCAGAAGACGGGAAAGCGGGAGCAGCAAGAGGCGAGACGGACGAACCCUCAAGGACAGAAACUUCCACCUCGCAGAUCCAGCAUCAGAAACGCCAAGAGCAUUCACAACAGGUCUCGCCAGAAGCUCAGCCAGGACUCCUACCGCAGGAACAGCCGCCGGUACCUGCAGCAGAAGGGCGGUCGCCUCACCGAGCCGAGCAGGAACUCCAAUACCGAGGCCAAGUCUCCCCUGAAGGAGAGGAAGAACCAGGACAACAUCCCCGAGCUGUCCGGCUCCGGCUCGGAGAGCGAGGUGAAGAGGGAGGCUCCGGUCGUUCCCCCCCGCCCGAGUCCAGAGCUCAUCCUGGAGCGCUGCACCGACAACACCCGGAAGAGGGUCAGCAUCAAGUCAGGCUCCGACUCCAGCAGCUAACAUGGAGACUCAUCGCAGAAUGAAAACAAAAAUGUUUCUGUCUGAGGCUUUUUAAUCUUUAUGAAUUACAUAAAUCUUUAAAAAAAACUCACAAACAUAUUGUCUCAUUUUCACGCUUUGAUGUGUUUCAUGUGGAUAAACAAAAAGUAUAUAAAAUAUCAAUAUCUGGGCUUUAGAGCAGCUGGUAGGUGGAUUUAGUCAGUUUCAUAUAGAGCUAGGCUAACUGUCCCUACAGGUUGCAGUCUUUAUGCUAAGCUAUGCUAACCUGCCUCCGGUAGUAGACAUAUAUUCAGUGAACAUGCGUCAGUCAGUGUUCUCAUCUGAAAUCUGCAUAUUUGGGGAAAUAUUGGACUUUUACUUGUGAAUUCUGCAUUGAUUUGUUUCAACGCAGGAAAUCUGUGGAGCUUCAUUUUUAUUUAUUUUCUCGCAUUAAUAAAACAAAACAUAAAACCA